AUGCACUUCCACAACCUUGCUGCCGCCUUCUUCGCUGCUGCCGCCUCGGCUGCGGCACUCCCGGCUUCAUCCGGGCCCCUUCCUGCCGGCGCCAAGUUCAAUCUGCUCGCCCUCCGGUCCGCCAGCCCCGUUCAUUUCGCAGAUGUCAGCGCUGCGCAGGGUAGCCUUUUCCUUAAUCUUUCCAGCCAGAACGCCACUUGCGACGGCUCCUGUGGCAACAGCGGUGGCAGCGCCACAUUUUACUUGAAUGAUGACGGCGGUCUCUACCUCUAUAGUACUUCGGCUACGCCUCAGCAGUUGUAUGCUGACCGCUCAGGCAUGGGUCAGGGCAAACUUGGCUACACCACUGGCGCCCAGCCUCCCCCCCGAAACGGCGAACGUACUGGAUGGGUUCUUGAUGAGGUCGGCGACCUCACUCUCAACGGCGCCGCUUUCAUCGCCUGUCCUAACAGCAUCGACGGAGCAUGGAGUCUCUGGGUGUCGGCUGGUGUCAAUCAGCCAGGCGGUAACGAGGGUUGCCUCGGCAUUUCGGCCCGUGCCACUGAGGUCAAGAACCCCGACAGCUGCAUGUACACUUCUUGA